AGCGAUCGCUGGGCCCUUUGCUGCCCCUGCUUGCCGGUUGCUAGGAGUCGGGACGCCCGCACGCAUAGAGCGGCAGCUCGGCCCGCUUCGUCCGGCCGAAAAGAGUGGGCGCCAGCUGGCUUGUCUCCUCCUGGUAGCCUGCGCCUGCCUGGGGCCGAGGAUACCGCGGUACUCGGGUCUUCGAGGAGCGAUGGAACCUGGGAAGAGAAGAACCAAAGACGAUACUUGGAAAGCAGAUGACCUCAGAAAACACCUUUGGGCUGCACGAUCAGGCAGUCCCAAGGAAGAGAAGAAACACAGAGAAAAGAAGCUGCACAAGGAGUCAGAAGUGGAGCUCCCUGAACCCAGGGAGCACAAGUACAGGGACCCAGACCCAGACACUCGACACCGGGGCAGAAUGACCGGGGGAGACACUCACACCUCCAAGGAGAGUCCUCGUGGGGAGAGAGACCGAGAGAAACUCCGAGAGAGGAGGAGAGACAUAAAAGACCGGGAGAAGGAAAAAUCAAAAGAGAAGUAUCGAGAACAAGAUGCAGAGAAGCCUCACAGCAGAGGAAAAGACAGAGAGAAAGAAAGAGACAGAAGAGCUCGGAGGGAAGAGCUGAGGCAGACGACCGCUUAUCACAACCUCCUGGGUCGAGAGGUUCAUGACUGGCCCCUGGAGAAGGUGGAGAGGAAGACUCGAUCAGUAAGCAAAGUAAGAAUUGAAGAGAAAGAAAAGCGAGAUGAAGACUCUGAAAGAGUAGAUGAAGACAGAGAAAGAAGAUACCGAGAAAGAAAGUUGCAGUAUGGGGACAGCAAAGACAACCCUCUCAAGUACUGGCUUUAUAAAGAGGAAGGCGAAAGGAGGCACAGGAAGCCACGGGAAGCAGAUCGAGAAAGGAAACACCGAGAAAAAAGCAGCACACGGGAGAAAAGAGAAAAGCACUUGAAAGAAAAGAGCAACUCAUUCUCUGACAAAGAAGGGGAAGAAAGACAUAAAGAAAAACGACAUAAAGACGUCUUUCAUCUUGAUGAGAGGCACCGAAGUAGCACGGAUAGAAAAGAGAGACUGUGGAAAGAAGAGCACAGGAAAAGGGCGUCCAAGAAUGGCGACCACAGAAGCCGAGGAGCAAGUCUGAGAAGAGAUGGGACUGGCAACCAGCAUGCGGAGAAUGUAGCGAGGAGUAGUGGAAGAGAGCGGGGCUCAAGGUGGAAGGAGAUUGAAAGGGAAGACGUGGAUUUAGAGAAUCCCGGGACUAAUGACUAUCCAGUUGGUUUUGAAGAUGAUUUUGAAGACUAUGAAGAUGACUUUGAGGUUUGUGAUGGAGAUGAUGAUAGCAGCAACGAGUCUGAGUUAACAGAAAAACCUGAAGAACUUCCUUUAGCCCGAAAAAGGGAGAUACAAGAAAUUCAAAAAGCCAUCUAUGCGGAAAACGAAAGGAUCGGCGAGCUGUCUUCGGAGCUGUUGCAGAAGCGAGAGCCAGCGGAGAGCUACCGGGAGCCCAGGGCAGAUGUGAACAGCUCCCCAUCCAGAGCCCCUGUUUGUGGGAUUUUUGUGGACUUUGCCACAGCCUCGCACCGUCAGAAGAGCCGGAUUCAGGCCCUUAAGCAGAAGACUCGAAGUACAAAACUACUUCGGCUUAUUGAUUUAGAUUUUUCGUUCACUUUCUCUCUCUUGGAUUUACCACCAGUGAAUGAAUACGACAUGUAUAUCAGAAACUUUGGGAAAAAAAAUACCAAGCAGGCAUAUGUUCAGUAUAAUGAAGAUAAUGUUGAAAGAGACACUCAGACUGAAGACAUAGAGACCAGGGAUGUGUGGACCCAGCAUCCGGGAGAAGGUGCCAUUGUAUCUGGAGGUAGUAAAGAACAAGAUAUCUUUGAUGCUACAGUUGUACCAAGGAUUGACACUCCAAGAUUAUCCAGCUUUCUCCGGGCAGCAUGUCAGGUGGUUGCCGUUUUGCUUGAAGAGGACCGCUUGGCUGCUGGACCCAGCUGGACCCUCGGGGCUGAAGGCAACACUCUCUGCAUUAGCGAUAGCUCUUCUCAGUUGAACACUAGCCUGCCGUUUCUUGAAGGUCGAAAAGUAUCCUGCUUGCAUGCCUCUCGAGUUCAGAGGCAAACUGUGGUCUCUGUACACGAUUUACCUGCGAAGGCCUCUGCCCAGCUGCUGGACCACAGAUACAUCCUCUGUGUCUGGGACAUCUGGCAGCCUUCAGGGCCCCAGAAGGUCCUGAUAUGUGAGUCCAAGGUCACAUGCUGCUGCUUCGGCCCUUAUAAAGCAUUUUUGCUGUUUGCUGGGACAGUGCAUGGCUCCGUGGUCGUGUGGGACCUGAGAGAGGACUCUAGGAUACACCACUGUGUGAAGCUGAGCGAUUGUUUCUGGACCUUGCGGACAGCCACGUUUUCCACCGAUGGAGUCCUCGCCUCCGUGAGCCACCGAAGUCCUCUCCAGGCCCUGGAGCCCGUCUCCUCGCCAGCCUCCCGGAAGCAGAGCUCCGUGCUCUCGCCCUUCUCCACUCAGGAAGGCACGUCGGGCCUGUCCUUCCACGUUGCUUCCUUGGAUGAGAGCGGGGUGCUCAACAUGUGGGUGGUUGUCGAAUUGCCAAAGGCGGAUAUCGCAGGCUCGAUCAGUGACUUAGGCCUCAUCCCUGGAGGGAGAAUCAAGCUGGUGCACAGUGCUGCGCUGCAGGUGGGCGACAGCCUUUCCCGCAAAGGGAGUGAACUCUGGGGGCCCACCCAGGCGCUGAGCGUCAGAUUUCUGCCUGCAGACCCGGAUCACUUUGUCGUUGGCACGGACCUGGGUCUUAUAAGCCACGGCACAAGACAAGACUUGAGAGUGUCUCCCAAACUGUUCCGGCCUUGGCAACGUGGUAUCAGACCAGUGAAAGUUAAUGUCAUUGAUUUUUCACCAUUUGGAGAACCGGUUUUCUUGGCUGGCUGCUCCGACGGCAGCGUCAGGCUGCACCAGCUCACCUCCGCGCAGCCGCUGUUGCAGUGGGACGGCAGCACGGGGGGCCGCGCUGUGGCUGCGCUGCAGUGGUCCCCGACGAGGCCCGCGGUGUUCCUGGUGCAGGACGUCGCAUCCAGGAUUUACCUGUGGGACCUUCUGCAGAGCGAUCUGGGCCCUGUGGCCACGCAGCCCGUCUCCCCAGACAGCCUGGUGGCCAUGACUGUCCUGGGGGAGCCAGAGAAGGCCAGUGGCAGCUUCCAGGCACUGGUGCUUGCCAGGGCCUCUGGCACAGUCGACGUCCAGUACCUGAAGAGGCAGUGGACAAGCCCAGAGGCAGAUGAGCACAGCCGACUGCGUCUGUUCCUGCAGGGAGCCCUGUGGAAGGAGGGAGGCUGCCCACGUGAGGGCACCAUCCAGGGCAGCGCUUUGCAAGACCUGCGCUGAGAGCACGUGGUCAGACCCUGGACGGUUCUACGUCGUGUGUUCAUGUGCGCACAACAUGUGUGUUCUGUACGUGAUUUGUUUUACAAGAGCUUUUUCUGUAUUCCCAUUAAAUAAGUCAUUAUUUUGGAAGAGAAACAAACGAAUAUUUUAGUAUAUACUAAAUUUCAAAGGAAAUGUCAAGUUAAGUCUGGUAUGCUCUUUUCUGAGAGUAUUUCUAGUUAUUUGUGUAAUAACUGUAAAAUAUUGUCACAUUUAUCACCAGAUCUUAAAUAGUCUACUAUGAAAAUGUAUUUUGAUAGACUAGGUUCUAAGGUGUCAUAAAAUGAUGAACGCGUCUGAAAGGAGUUUCUCCCUGAAUGACCUCUGGGGCCUGUGCCUGCCUCAAGCUUGUCUCGGGCAUCGUCUUUUGGCAUUAUUUGAAUGUCACCUGCGGAGCCAUAUUAUACUUUGGUAUGAGAUGCCGUCUGUGUGUAGGAACAGCACAGUCACUCCUCUGGGCCUGUGUCCCAGGCACGGGGUGGAGGUGCCGUGAGGCCUGGGGCACCAGACUGCUCUGCUCUGCAGCCGCUGGGCGGCUGAUCUGGAGUCCUGGCUUGGUGCCGUGGGCAAGUUCCAGCCUCAGAGUCCAUCUUGCCUCCUGCAGCCUCCUCUGUCUUGUGUCUGAGAAUCGGGCUGCUACCCGCUGCGGUUCCUCCAUCCUCCUCGUUCCCUCCUCUGCGUGGCUCUUCUACCUGGGAGGCCUUUGGACUGCUCAGCAGGUACCUUCGUGGAAUCCAGUUUGUGGUGCUUCUGAGUCAGGUGCCUGUCCCAGGUCCCGAGAACCACUUCUGGUGCCAAGCCACACACGCUCAGUCGCGUGCUUUGCUUCAGUGAAAGUCAAGACUGAUAACCUCCUGACUUGCCAGCGGGUUCCUUGAUUCCUUUCUUGAAGCUCUUCUAGGAUCCUCGCUUCCCCUGUCAAGGGGCCCAGGAGGGUCCCGCGUCCCAGGAGGCCAUGCGAGGCGGUGGAGGUGUGUGCAGGAGGCCCGCGUUGGUCUCCUGAGCUCCUUCUUGCUGGGGCGCCUGGGAAGACCACCUUCGAGACUGCAGUCACUGUGUGGCCUGUGGCCACUUGCAGGGAUGCGGACGGCAUGGUGUGCCCCUGCCUGUGGCUGUCCACCUGCUGGGGUGCCUUGAACGCGUCCUCCUCAGAGUCCCAUGUCAUGCUUUGUGAGCCCUCCAGAAAUGUGAAGGUUGCAAAAAGAAAGAAAAAAGAAAAGCCUGGGGCCCAAGCCAUUCCUCCCAGCCACCUCCAUAGGAGGACAGCCCAGGGCUCUUGUCCCUACGCCCCCACUUCAAAGUAGCCUGCUCAGCCUCAGGUCCGGUGGCAAUACUGUCUUCCCUGGUGACAGCUUCCCUUGGUGACACCUCUGGGCCUGUCCAGAAAGAAGAUGGUUGGAUGCAGGAUUGUGAUUGCAGAACAGCAGGGCAUGCCUCAGAGCAAGAACACCAAAGGAGGCACCCAGAGGGAAGGCUGGCCUCCACCUGGCCUUGGCCUCCCCUGGGAGCUUCCCUCUAGCAAGGCGGUGUGGUCAGGCAGUCUCUGCAGAGCACACCAGGAGUCCAUGUGCUGGCCUGCACUUGGAGAGCCCAAGCCCGCACCCCCCCAAGAGCCUUGCAUUUCCUUCCAGGGGCUGAUAGGUCACUUGACACUCUUUUUCGAUCUUCUUGUUUAGAAAUCACUUUUGUUUCUAGAGGACUCAUUACGUGUGUGAAUGAAGCCAGUGUUCCUUGCUCCCUGUCCUUACGUGUUGGGGGCUGUGCCAUGUGGACGGCGCCUGAUCACAUCGGCAGUGAGGAGGUUGAUUGACAUAAGCACACUCAGGUGAUUUAUCACUGGCCGUAUUCAGUUAAGUCCCCGCGCACAACGCGUGUACAGGUGUUCCUGAGCGCGCCUGCUUGGGCCUGCUCGUUUUGACCCUUGCCGUGAUGGGGCAGCUGGCUCCUCGCCUGAUCGCAGCUGGCGUGGCCCCGCCCUCCGCCUCCUGGAGGGAAU